CAGUAUAACAACACAUCAACAGAAACCAAUAGGCACUUUCAAAAUAGAGAAAAUGAAGCUAUCUACUCUUUCAACGUGUAUAUCAUUUUUGCUGUUUAUUCAGUUAAUCAAUGGUAUGCAACACAAUGGCGAAGAAGACAUUACAUUCUCCAACUUGCUGGACCAAUUUAAUAAAAAAGCGGCAGAAAAAGGAUUCGACAUGGGAUCAAAGUUGCAAUUCAUAAUCAAGAUUUCGAACACAGUUGGCAAGUUGAAAAAGAGACUUGGGACGCCACCAAAAGAAUUCAUGGAUAGCAAAAAAUUGAAAAGAGUAUUGGCAAGUGUGCCGAAAACCAUGACACUCACAAUCAUGUUUGCUAAAGUAAACGGUCGUGAAUUUCUCACCCAAGCGAUUGGAGUUAUAAAUAAUGCUCAAACCGUAGACAUUCGGGAUGUUAGCGCCGAAAUUUGCAGAGAAAUAGAAUUUAUACCGCCGUACGAUAAAUUUUUCGAUGAAUGGUAUAAAGCAUGGGAUAUGGAUCCAAUUAGCGAAAACCAUGUGAAUCAAGUCUAUAAAGAAUUACCAGUCAUGACCACGAAAUAUGCGCAAUUGUACGAUUUAUACCACAAACGGUUGGGGGAAGUCGAGGCAGCAGAAACAACAGUUAAAUUUCUCACGAAAUUAGUCAACACCGAUUUUGAUUUACUUUUGAAACUUAAUCCGAAAGGAAAAAGCGAUGCUGUACAGGCCAGAGAAAUUGUUGUAAGAUUACAACCGCUUUUGGAAAGAUUAUUUCAAAAUCUGGGUCAAGUUUCUAAUCACCUUAAAGAAGUUAGGGAUGUUCUUAGAGCAUACAACGCAGAUCGUGUUAAAUGGAUCGAAUUUUUGAUGGAAAUGAGAGAGACGUUAGCAUCAAAACGAAAAACAAUAAUCAAAAAUAACAGUGUGGAGCCGUUUUUAGCUGUGAAUAAUAUGCGCAUUGACAGUAUGAACCAAAUUAUAGCUUAUAUUGCUAAAAUCCUUUGCUUCCGCGAUUAAUUCUUUUUGAUUAUGUGAUGGUAACAAUAAAAGAAUGCAGACAAAGAGAAUUUUGAAAGUUCA